AUGGACAAGCUCGUGCUAUUUACGGUGAUUACAUUAUUGUUACUACAAGUCGACGCUCAUGCACACACACUCGACCAUCAAGAAAUCAAGUCGUCUGUGUUAGACGCUGAUAUCUCAUUCUCUUCAAGUCGCACCAGUGCCAACGUGGAAGACUUAGUGCCCGAUGCAGCAGGAAGCAGUUUCUUAGGCCAUGAUGAUAGCCUUGAGAAGGCCAUUCACGGCAAAGUGCUUCGCAGUAACAUGGAGGCAAUUGCUUCGACCUUCGUAUCGGCAGCAGUUGAGUCCCCUCUCUCCAGUGUUUCAUCACCCGAGAUAUUAUCCUUUAGUCCCUGUGACGAAGAAGCCUCAUCUUCUGUAGCAACUCGCUAUCGAGAGAGCGACGCUGCUAGCAGUAGCUCCUCAAGGGACGAAGCCGGCAUCAUCGGGAACAUCGAGCCUACCGCUGCAUGUUCAAACUUUGGGAGUACCUUCACAGCAGCCGUGGCUUCUGAUUCCUUCUCCGAUGUUGCCACCAGUGGUCAAUCUCCUGCCACCGAUAAACCAACCUUCCAGUCCUUCACCGAUGGCUCCAGAUAUUCAGCAGGAACGGUCGAGCCCAAGCAAGAGCAAGUGGUAGUUGAAAGUACGUCACUGGAGGUGUCCGCCUUGCCCCGACAGAUUACAGACUCCAGAAGAAAGGCCUACAUCUCCACCUCCACUUCCACUCACUCUGGCGACGAGGCAAUUUUACCAGCAGACCAGCUUUCGAGUAGCACAAACGAAGGAAACGACACUAGCAACACGAAUAGUGCGCUCUUCUACUCGUUCUUGGUGCUGGGCAUCGCUGGUCUUGUCUGCGCCGUUCUCGUUUACAUCAUCAAAUGGCGAGUGACUGCACGAAACAGUAUCAUGACACCCACGUCCCCCGCUACAUGGUCGCCGCCUCCGAGUGAAGUACACGUAGUCAUGCACCGUCGCAACGUUAUCGUCCUAUAA